AUGAAGACCGUCUGCUGCGAGGACGGAGGAGUACAACUUGAAGGCUCCCAAAUCGUGGAAAUUUCGUUACAGGUAUACCUUGGACGUCUUAUGAAUAUGGAAAACGACUUGAAGAAAGAACUGAAUAGAACGAUGACAGCAGCGUUGGCAGCAUUCACAUCCGUCAGGGAAGGUACGGAUCAACUGACGGACCAAGAUCUCCCUACUCAUCUGCUUGACUCGACAGCUCUUCCAGGGCUCUGCUACGCAGCGGAGACGUGGGCAGACCGCGUCUAA